AUGAGGCAGUGUAGGUUUCCACCAAGCAAAGCUAUGCUAGACCUCGGUCUCCAUGUGUAUGGGCAUUACUGGAGACGUCCCAAGAAGCCAGGCAGCCUCCUAAACUCCUAUAAAUACGCUCCUCCAGCCCCAAGACCAAACCAUUCCAUUCCCAAAGCUAGAGAGCACCUGAAAAGUUUGCAUUGUUGUGAGGUUGUGAUGGAUAACCUUCUAGGGAGAGAAGUUAUGCCGUCAAAUCUCUUGUGUGUUUAUAUGCAGGUGCAUAGAGAUGCAUCGGUUGUGAGGUUAAAGCACGGCUAUGCCGCUAAACCUCGAGUGCAUACUAACAUGGUGGCGCUUAAAGGCCCAUGUGUUGAGUAUGGCUCCGGUGUGUUGAGGAUCUGGAUGGCUAUGCCAUCAGAUCUAUUUUGGGGAGGUUCUGGUUGAGGUUUCACCGGUGAAGCAGUGGUGUGUGUAGUGAGGAGUCAAGUACUGGAGUACUUGCAUUUAGGAGCCAAGUACAGGGGUUGUGGUGUACUAACCUCAAUGCAGGUGGAGGCGGGAUUACAAGCCCGCGGCGUUUGUGUUUGGAGUUUAGGGAAUCCCCCUUGUAUAGAGGCUUUGGUCAAGAGGGUCGAGUUCGUGGAACGGGCUGACCUGGGCUCUGAUUUGUUCUUAGUCUGGGAUGGCCUAUUCGGCGAACAUCGACAUUUUGUGGCGCUUUUCGGAACGUCUGUGCCUAGGACGAAUGGUGAAUGCAGUGGAAUGAUGGUAGUGAUGGAAUGCAAGUGUGGUGAGGUGGGAUGGGUGAGAUGCAGAUGGAAUGAGAUGGGAUGGUGUGUUGGGCGGCUUGAGAGGACAUGGGCGAGCGUGGAGAGGUUCUGCUCGGCCAUCAAAGGUCGCGCCAACUAUGAACAUUCUUUUGUGGUAUAUCUUCUUUACCAUUGUGUGGUUCUUAGAUUCCUGUAUCCAAAACUCAAAACAAAACUAGACAUUAACUAA